AUGGCCGCACCUCAGCCUGCAGUCCCGCAUCCAGCCUACUACAACAACAUACGACAAUGGUCCAAUUCCGUCACUCCACCGCCGAACGGCAGGAGCAACCCUACUCGCAAAAGCACACGCCCGACCAGAGGCAGCACCCUUGCCACUUCUCAGACCCCCGCCUCCCCUUCCAGCUACCAGCAGGCACUCCCCGCUCGCGCCUCAUCUACCAUACCUCCCGGGAAUGCCGAUCCUACGGCCUAUGGCUCUCAGCCGACGACCGCUAUCCCAGCGCGGCCACAGGCCCUUCAUUCCACAUAUGCGUCGAGACUACGCACUGGGACAACCCUUCUCAUGCAGCCUACUCUCAAUAAUGCCACGACUUCCACUCAGGCUGCAAUAAACACACGUUCGUCACGUCGAGGAGGCGCCGUGAACUACACCGAGCCAGGGUCGGGCGACGAGUUCCCGGACGCUGGAGAGAUUGAUUCUGAAGACUCGGACUUCGUGGCGAGCGGAGGGACGCGCACUGCGGUACGUGCCGCGCGACUGUCGAGCAAAGCACCCGUCGGCGCGUCGGUGUUCCGCGCUGGUGCGUCAACGCCCACUAUUACAGUGCAAGCUGCGACCCCGCAACCACCGCAAAGAAAUGAACUGGAUCGUAGCUACCUCGGCAUGGUCCCGCCUUCAAGAUUUAUCACUGCAAAACCCAUCCUGCCCACAAAACACGAUUACUUCUCGCCUGAUGCGUUGGAGUACCAGGCGAGAAAGCCCACAGCGCUUGUGCCCAUUCGAGUCGAAUUCGAGACUGAUUCACAUCGAAUACGAGACUGCUUCGUGUGGAACCUACACGAAGACCUCAUCAAGCCCGAGUCGUUCGCACGUACAUUUUGCGCGGAUCUAGACCUGCCUACGAAUCCGUGGGCAGAUACUGUCGCAGCGCAGAUCCGCGCACAGUUGGAAGAGCAUGAGGGUAUCGCGGCGUUGGACCUCGGCGGCAUAGAAGCAGAUGUCGAAGACGAGACGAUGGAGGGCGUCGAAGUCUCUGAGUGUCGUGUCGUUCUCAGCAUUGACGUUCAGAUCGCGAACCACCACCUUUCUGACCACAUCGAGUGGGACCUCCUAUCAUCUCUCACGCCCGAGCAGUUCGCAGGCACGCUCUGCGCCGAGCUCGGGCUGUCGGGAGAGGCAGUCCCGCUCAUUGCGCACGCCGUGCACGAAGAGCUACUCAAGCACAAGCGCGAUGCGUGGGAGUGGGGUGUCCUCGGGAUCGAGCAACAGCACGCCGCGGAUGAGGACCGCCCGCGCGACCGCAGCGGGUUCAGCCUGCUCAAGGACAAGACUGGCUUGGGCCUCUCGUGGGGGCGCGCACCGAAGGACGGGCGCGGGCCGAAACCGCUGCGGAGCGUGUGGCGGGACUGGCAGGAGGCGGAGGAGUUUAGGACGCGUUUUGAGGUGUUGACAGCGGAGGAGGUGGAGCGGAGGGAGAUUGAGCGCGAGCGUGCGAGUCGACGACUACGGCGGGAGACAUCAAAGUUCCAAUCGCAGGCAGUAGCGAGGAGGCGGCGGUAG